ACUCGUCAGCGCGGGGCGCCGCGCGCAGUUCCCGCUGGACCCGCCCGGGCGCUGCCGCCGCGGCCCCGUUCUCGUCCCUCCGCCAGGAUGUCGGCCAAUGUCCCUGGGAGCUCAAACAUGGCUGCUGGCAGCAAUCGCCGGCUGCAGCAAACCCAGCACCAAGUGGAUGAGGUUGUUGACAUCAUGAGGGUGAACGUGGACAAGGUCCUGGAGCGGGAUCAGAAGCUGUCGGAGCUGGAUGACCGCGCUGAUGCCCUGCAGGCAGGAGCCUCCCAGUUCGAGACCAGCGCGGCCAAGCUGAAGAGGAAGUACUGGUGGAAGAACUGCAAGAUGUGGGCAAUAUUGAUAGGUGUUGUUGUCAUUAUCAUCAUCAUCAUUAUUGUCUGGAGUGUGUAUUCAUGAAUUACAAGAAGAAACUCAAUUCAACUGAAGGUGCCUUUGGGAAUCUACUUCAGCCUCUCCACUUCAAACCUGCUGCCUUCUCAGCCCGUUUACUGCUGUUUAAAGCAAACCUAUUUUGAUUACCGAGACGUUAACUAACCUUA